GGCCCAAGCGAUGUGCAAGUCAUGAAUGCAGUCAUGUCGUGGAUGAAUGAUACGGGCAAAGUCAGCAAAUUCCUCAACACCGCUACCUCAUUCUCUGGAGACGAGUUCACCCGUCAAGCAACAAUUGCGCUCAACUCCGAGAAGGACGAACUCAAUCACAAGAUGAUUCUCGACGCUGCUGUUGGGCAGAUGGAUAUGGUUCAGGCUGCCAACGACACCCUUGCUACUCAAGGAACUUUCCAGGCUGUUGUGGACGCGCUUCAGUCCAUGGUUGACAAUGGCCCUGACACAGCUCAGAUGCAAGUUGAUGCCAUUAACCAGAAUCGUUGCGUUAAUGUCCUACCCAAUAUUGACGCCUAUUUUGCAGCUGCUGGGCAACCUGACAUGCAAUCUGUUCGGCCCUCUGGAUGUUUGGAGGUUCAAAAUGCUGCUGCAUCAUCGAGCAGCGGA